AUGAAUGAAUUAAUCCAUGCAUCCAUCCAUUUAUUCAUCCAUUUAUUUAUCCAUUCAUUCAUCAGAAACCUCAGAGGGGUGUCCAGCAGUCUGGUGUGUAACUUGGAGAAGAGAGUGUUGUUGGAUGUCAGUCCAUUAAAUAACUAUGUCAGACUGCUGAGGUGGGUGGGCGAGAAGCUCAAGAAGUUAAAAGGAUUAUCCAAAAUCGAGUCCACCGUCAGACACAGCGUUGAGUCCAACGAUCUGACGGUGAAACUUCAGGAAGCUGUCCGGAUGCUGAACACCACAGCGAAGAGCGCUGAGGAGAGCAUUGACCUGGUGAUGGCCGUGUUCCAGAGAGCAGUCCCGUUACUAGGGGUUACCCUGGUCAUCAUCACCACUACCCUGUUCCUCAGAAAAUACUUAUUCAACCUCAAGUACCAGAACAAGUUCAUCACCAGCAGGUUUAUUAGAUACGAUGAUCAGCAGAGAGCUGAGGGGAAGCCCCACCUCCUCCCUCUGAGCUCAGAGGAGGCAGAUCAGUUCCACUCUAUCCCCUCCACCCGCUUCACACAGAGAGAGGGCUACACCAUUCUCUUGUUCCUGGUUCCAGUGCUCACCCACCUCCUACCCUGGCUCUUAUUCAUCUCCCUGGACGCACUGCUCUACUGGCUCAUUCUGACUAUCAACAAACACCUUCUGGAACUGGAACCAGUCCGCAUUGAUCUAAAGAUUAACCUAAACGUGAGUAGACCUGGAACCAUUCAGCAUUAACCUAAAGAGUACCUAACGUGAUGAACCUGGAACCAUCAGUAACCUAAGAUGCACCUAAACGUGAGUAGACCUGGAACCAUAGCAUUAACCUAAAUGUAACCAUGAGUCAGCAUUAACCCUAAAGAUGUACCUAAACGUGAGUAGACUGGAACAUGCUUAAACUGAAGAUGUACCCUGAGUAGACCUGGAACCAUUCACGCCUUAACCUAAAGAGUGCACUAAAAGUGAGUAGACCUGGAACCAUUCAGCAUUAACCAAAGAUGUACCUAAACGUGAGUAGACCUGAACCAUUCAUAACUAAGAUGUACCUAAACGUGGUAGACUGGAACCAUUCAGCAUACCUAAAGAUGUACCUAAACGUGAGAGACCUGGAACCAUUCAGCAUUAAACCCAAAGAUGUAACCUAAACGUGAGUAGACCUGGAAAACCCUUCAGCCAUUAACCUAAAGAUGUACCUAAACGUGGAGUAGACCUGGAACCAUUCAGCAUUAACUAAAGAUGUACUAAACGUGAGUAGAAACCCGGAACCCUUCAGCAUUAACCUAAAGAUUACCUAAACGUGAGUAGACCUGGAAAACCCUUCAGCAUUAACCUAAAGAUUUAAACCUAAACGUGAGUAGACCUGGAACCAUUCAGCAUUAACCUAAGAUUAACCUAAAGUGAGUAGGGCCUGGAACCAUUCAGCAUUAACCUAAAGAUAAACCCAAACGUGAGUAGACCUGGAACCAUUCAGCAUUAACCUAAAGAUGUACCUAAACGUGGUAGACCUGGAACCCUUCAGCAUUAACCUAAAGAUUAAACCUAAACGUGAGUAGACCUGGAAAAACCAUUCAGCAUAACCUAAAGAUGUACCUAACGUGAGUAGACCUGGAACCAUUCAGCAUUUAAACCCAAAGAUUAACCUAAACGUGAGUAGACCUGGGAAAACCCUUCAGCAUAACCUAAAGAUUAACCUAAACGUGAGUAGACCUGGAACCAUCAGAUUAACCCAAAAUUAAACCCAAACGUGAGUGACCUGGAACCCUUCAGCAUUAACCUAAAGAUUACCUAAACGUGAGUUAGACUGGAAAAAAUUCAGCAUACCUAAAGAUGAACCUAAACGUGAGUAGACUGGAACCAUUCAGCAUUAACCUAAAGUUAAACCCAAACGUGAGUAGACCUGGAACCAUCAGCAUUAACCUAAAAAAUGUACCUAAACGUGAGAGGACCUGGAACCAUUCAGCAUUAACCUAAAGAUGUACCUAAACGUGAGGAGACAGGGGAAACCAUUCAGCUUUAAACCCAAAGAUGUACUAAACGUGAGUAGACUGGAACCAUUCAGCAUUAACCUAAAGAUGUACCUAAACGUGAGUAGACCUGGAAAACCCUUCAGCAUUAACCUAAAGAUUUUACCUAAACGUGAGUAGGGCCUGGAACCAUUCAGCAUUAACCUAAAGGUACACUAAACGUGAGUAGACCUGGAACCAUUCAGCAUUAACCUAAAGAUUAACCUAAACGUGAGUAGACCUGGAACCAUUCAGCAUUAACCUAAAGAUGUACCUAAACUGAGUUUGACCUGGAACCUUCAGCAUAAAACCUAAAGAUGUACUAAACGUGAGUUUGACCUGGAACAUUUAGCAUUAAAUAAAGUUAACCUUUAACGUGGUAGCCUGGAACUCAGCUUACCUAAAGAUGUACCCAAACGUGGUAGACCUGGAAACCAUUCAGCAUUAACCCAAAGAUACCUAAAGUGAGUAGACUUGGAACCAUUUUAGCAUUAACCUAAAGAUGUACCUAAACGUGGUAGACCUGGAACAUUCAGCUUAACCUAAAGAUUUACCCAAACGUGAGUUAGACUGGAACCGUUUAGCAUAACUAAAAUGACUAAAGUGAGUAGACCUGGAACUUCAGCAUUAACCUAAAGACGUACCUAAACGUGGUAGAAACCCGGAACAUUUAGCAUUAACCUAAAAAUUAACCUAAAGUGAGAGACCUGGAACCAUUUAGAUUAACUAAGAUAACCUAACGCGAGUAGACUGGAACAUUCAGCAUUAACCCAAAGAUUAACCAAACGUGAGUAGACCUGGAACAUUCCCAUUAACUAAAGUGUACCUAAAGUGAGUAGACUGGAACCAAUUCAGCAUUACCUAAAGAUGACCUAACGUGAGUAGACCAGGAACCAUUCAGCAUUUAACCCAACGAUUACCUAAACGUGAAGCCCGGAACAUUAGCAUUAACCUAAAGAUUAAAUAAACGUGAUGACCAGGACCAUUCAGCAUUAACCUAAAGAUUAACCCCCAACAUGGUAGACUGGAACCAUUCAGCAUUAACCUAAAGAUGUACCUAAACGUAGAGACCCGGAACCAUUCCAGCAUUAACCUAAAGAGUACCUAAACGUGAGUGACCCGGAACCAUCGUUAACCUAAAGAUGUACCUAAAGUGGUGACCUGAACCAUUCGCUUAACCUAAAGAGAACCCAAAAUGAGUAGACCAACCAAACAAUAAAAAACCAAAAAAAAAAAAAAAAAAAAAAAACCGGAACCUUCAGCUUAACCUAGUGACCUAAACGGAGUAGGGCCGGAAAAAUCAGUAACCCAAAAAUUAAACCUAAAGUGAGUAGACUGGAACCCUUCAGCUUAACCUAAAAAAUGUAAAAACGGAGUAACCCGGGAAAAUUCAGCAUUAACCUAAAGAUUAAACCCAAACGUGAGUAGACCUGGAACCAUUCGCAUUAACCAAAGAUGUACCUAAAGUGAGGACCUGGGGAAACCCUUCAGCAUUAACCUAAAGAGUACCAAACGUGGUAGACCUGGAACCAUUUAGCAUUUAAAUAAAGAUGUACCUAAAAAGUGAGUGACCUGGAACCAUUAGCAUUAACCAAAGAUUACUAACGUGAGAGACCUGGAACCCUUCAGAUUAAAACCCAAAAAAAGUACCCAAAGUGAGUAACCCGGAACCAUUCAGCAUUAACUAAAGAUUACCUAAAGUGAGUAACCGGAACCAUUCAGCAAACCUAAAGAUAACCCAAAAUGAGUAACCGGAACCAUCAGAAACCAAAGAGUACCAAAGUGGAGACCUGGAACCCUUCAGCAUUAAUAAAGAUUAAAAUAAACGUGAGUAGACCUGGAACCAAGCAUAACCAAAGAUUUUUCCAAAAGUGAGUGACCUGGAAAAACCCUUCGCAUUAACUAAAGAUUAAACCCAAAAGUGGUGACCUGGAAAAAAUUUAGCAUUAACCUAAAGAUUACCUAAACGUGGUAGACCUGGAACCCUUCAGCAUUUUAAACCCAAAAAUUACCAAAGUGAGUAGACCUGGAACCAUUCAGCAAACCUAAAAAUUACCAAACGGGGGUAGAUGGAAACCCUUCAGCAUUUAAAUAAAGAUUAAAAUAAAAAGGAGAGACCGGAACCUUUAGAUUAAACCCAAAGUGACCUAAACGUGAGUAGGCCGGAACCUUUAGCAUUAAACCAAAAAUUAACCCCAAAGUGGUAACCCGGGAAACCCUUCAGCAAACCUAAGAUUACCUAAACGGAGAGACCUGGAAAAAAUUCAGCAUUAAACCCAAAGAUUACCUAAACGUGAGUGACCGGGGCCAUCAGCAUAACCCAAAAAAAUUUACCCAAACGUGAGUAACCCGGAACCAUUAGCAUUAACCUAAAGAGGUACCUAAACGUGAGUAGACCGGGAAACCCUUCAGCAUAACUAAAAUUAACCCAAAGGAGAGACUGGAACCCUUUUAGCAUUAACCAAAAAAGACCUAAACGUGAGUAGACCUGGGGAACCCUUCGCAUUUAACCCAAAGAUUACCAAAGUGGUAGACUGGAACCUUCAGCAUAACCCAAAGAACCCAAACGUGGAGACCUGGGAACCCUUCAGCAUUAACCCAAAGGUUUUCCUAAAAAUGAGUAGACUGGAACCUUAGAUUUCCCAAAAAUUUAAAAAAAAUGAGUAGACCUGGAACCCUAGCAUUAACCCAAAAAAAUCUAAACGGAGUAGCCGGAACCAUUCAGCAUAACUAAAAAUUAAAAUAAACGUGAGUAGACCGGAAACCCUUUAGCAUUAACCCAAAGAUUAACCUAAAGGAGUAGACCUGGAACCCAGCUUUAACCAAAGAUUAACCCAAAGGAGUAGACCUGGGAACCCUUUAGCAUUAAAACCCAAGAUACCUAAACGUGAGUAGACCUGGAACCCUUCAGCAUUUAAACCCAAAGAUUCCUAAAGGAGUAGACCGGAACCAUUAGCAUUAACCUAAAGAUUACCUAAAGUGGUAGACCGGAACCCCUUCAGAUUAACCUAAAGAAACUAAAAUGAGUGACCGGAACCCUUCAGCUUUAAACCCAAAGAUUACCCCAAAAUGAGUAGCCGGAACCCUCAGCAUUAACCCAAAGAUUACCUAAACUGGUAGACCUGGAACCAUUCAGCAUUAACUAAAAUUACCUAAAAGUGAGAGACCCGGAACCCUUUAGCAUUAAAAUAAAGUUAACCAAACGGGGGAGAACCGGGAACCAUUUAGAUUAACCCAAAGAUGACCUAAAAAAUGAGUAGACCGGAACCAUUCAGAUUUAAAUAAAGAUGAAAUAAAAAUGAGUGACCGGGAACCAUCAGUUAAAAUAAAGUAAACCCAAAGGAGUGACCGGAACCCUUCGCAUUAACCCAAAAAAACUAAACGGAGGACCGGAACCAUCGCAUUAAACCCAAAGAGACCUAAACGGGAGAGACCUGGAACAUUUAGAUUAACCCAAAGAUUACCAAACGGAGUAGAUGGAACCUUUAGCAUAACCCAAAGAUGUACCUAAACGUGGUGACCUGGAACUUCAGAUUAAAACCCAAAAAUGUACCUAAAAAGUGGUAGACCCCGGAACCAUUCAGCAUUUAAACCAAAGAGACCUAAAAGUGAGUAACCCGGAAAAAAUUAGCUUAACCUAAAGAUUAAACCCAAAAAGGGGGCGAAAAUGGUAAAAACCCUUCAGCAUUAAACCCAAAAAAUUUCCUAAAAGGGGUAGACCUGGAAACCCUUUUAGUUAACCUAAAGAUUACCUAAACGUGAGUAGACCUGGAAAACCCUUCAGCAUAACCUAAAGAUUACCUAAAAUGAGUGACCGGAAAAAUUUUAGCAUUAAAACCCAAAAAAAAUUACCUAAACGUGAGUGACGGAACCAUUCCGCUUAACCUAAAGUUAAAAAAGUGAGUGACCCGGAAAAACCAGAUUAACCUAAAGAUUUCCUAAGGAGUAGACCUGGAACCAUUCAGAUUAACCUAAAGAUUAAACCCAAAGUGAGUAGACCUGGAACCCUCAGCAUUCCUAAAGUUUCCUAAAGUGGGACUGGAAACCCUUCACAUUAACCUAAAGAUUACUAAAAAGUGAGUAGACCCGGAACCAUUCAGAUUAACCCAAAGAUUUUCCUAAACGUGAGUGACCUGGAACCAUUCAGCAUUAACCCAAAGAUUACCAAACGGGUAGCUGGAAAACCCUUCAGCAUUAACCUAAAAAUUACCUAAAAAUGAAGACCCGGAACCAUUCAGAUUAAAAUAAAGAUUAACCUAAAGGAGAGACUGGGGAAAAACCCUUUAGCAUUUAACAAAGAUUACCUAAAGUGAGUAGACCGGAACCUCAGAUUUAACUAAAGAUUACCUAAACCCGGGUAGACCUGGAACCUUCAGCAUUUAACCCAAAGAUUACCUAAGGAGUAGACCGGAACCUUUACUUAAACCCAAAGAGACCCAAAAGUGGUAGCCUGGAAAAACCCUUUGCAUUUAACCCAAAGAUUAAACCCAAAAAGUGGGGUGACCGGAACCAUUCAGCAUUACCAAAGGGGUUUUCCUAAACGGGGAGACCGGAAACCCUUCAGAUUAACCUAAAAAUAACCUAAAGUGAGUAGCCUGGAAAACCCUUUUAGCUUAACCCCAAAAAGUACCAAACGUGAGUGACCGGAAAACCCUUCGAUUAACCUAAAGAUAACUAAAAUGAGUAGACCCGGAAACCCUUUAGCAAACCUAAAGAUUUACCUAAAGUGAGUGACCUGGAAACUUUAGAUUAACCUAAAAGUACCCCAAACGGGGUAGCCUGGGAACCAUUCAGCAUUUCUAAAAAAUUACCUAAACGUGGUAGACCUGGAAAAAAUUAGCAUUAACUAAAAUUAAACCCAAAAGUGAGUAGACGGAACCAUUCAGCAUUAACUAAAGAUUACCAAAGGAGUAGACCUGGAACCCUUUAGCCUUAAAAUAAAAAUAACCAACGUGGGGUAGACCCGGAAACCCUUCAGCAUUAACUAAAGAUUAAAACCCAAACGUGAGUGACUGGAAAACCCUUCAGCAUUAACAAAAAAUUAACCCAAAGUGAGUAGACCUGGAACCCUAGAUUACCAAAGGUACUAAACGGAGAGACUGGAAAAAAUUCGCAUUAACCUAAAGAUUACCUAAAAGUGAGUAGACCGGAACCCUUCAGCUUAACCCAAAAAGACCAAACGUGAGUAGACCGGAACCCUUUUAGCAUUUAAACCCAAAGAUUUACCCAAACGUGAGUAGCCGGAACCAUUAGAUUAAAUAAAAAUGACCUAAAGGAGUAGCCGGAAACCCUUAAUUUAACCAAAGAAACCAAACGUGAGGACCGGGAACCCCUCAGCAUUUAACCAAAAAUUAAACCUAAACGGGAGCCGGAACCUUUGAUUAAACCUAAAAAUUACUAAACUGAGUAGCCUGGAAAAAUUAGAUUUAAACCUAAAGAUUACCUAAAGGGUGAUGGAAACCUUUAGCAUUAAAACCCAAAAAUUACCUAAACGUGGUAGACUGGAAAAAAUUCAGCAUUUAAAUAAAAAUGACCUAAAAGUGAGAGACCUGGGAACCAUUCAGCUUUUCCCCAAAAAACCUAAACGUGAGUGACCGGAACCAUCAGCAUUUAACCAAGAUGAUAAACGUGAGUAGACCGGAACCAUUCGUUAACCUAAAGAUUAAAACCCAAAGGAGUAGACCUGGAACCAUUCAGAUUUAAACCCAAAGAUGUACCUAAAGGAGUGACCUGGAACCAUUAGCAUUAACCAAAGAUUUAACUAAAGUGAGUAGACUGGAACCCCUUCAGCAUUAAAACCAAAGAGUACCUAAAAGGGUGAUGGAACCCUUAGCAUUAACCUAAAAAAUUAAAAAGUGAGUAGACUGGAACCAUUCGAUUAACCUAAAGAGGCCCCAAAAGUGGGGACCGGAACCAUUCAGCAUUAACCCAAAGUUUCCAAAGUGGUGACCCGGAACCCUUCAGCAUUAAUAAAAAUGUACUAAACGUGGUAGACCUGGAACCCUUCAGCAUUUCUAAAGAUUAAACCCAAGUGAGUAGACCGGAACCAUUCAGUUUAAAAAAGAUUUUCCUAAGGGUAGACCUGGAACCCUUUAGCAUUUAACCUAAAAAGUACCUAAACGUGAGUAACCCGGAAAAAUUCGCAUUAACUAAAGUUAAACCCCAAAAGGGGUGACCGGAACCCCCAGCAUUAACCUAAAAAUUACCUAAAGUGAGUAGAAACCCGGAAAAAUUCAGAUUAACCUAAAGAAACCCAAAAAGGGGUAGACCGGAACCCUCAGCAAAACCCCAAAGAUUUUAACCAAAUGAUGACCCGGAACCCUUCAGAUUUAAACCCAAAGUUAAACCCUAAACGUGAGUAGACCUGGAACCAUCAGCAUUAACCCAAAGAUGAACCUAAACGUCGGAGACCAGGAACCAUUCAGCUUAACCUAAGAUUAACCUAAACGUGGAGUAGACAUGGAACCAUUCGCAUUAACCUAAAGAGGAACCUGUAAACGUGAGUAGACCUGGAACCAGUCAGCAUUGAACUAAAGAUAACCUCAACUGCGUAGACCUGGAAAACAAUUCAGCAUUAACCUAAAGAUUAACUAAACGUGAGUAGACCUGGAACCAUCAGCAUUAACCUAAGAUGUACCUAAAUCGUGAGUAGACCUGGAACAUUCAGCAUUAACCUAAAGAUGUACCUGAACGUGAGUAGACCUGGAACCAUUCAGCAUUAACCUAAACGUGAGUUGCCAUGCUUGGAGGUUCAGAAAACCAUACAGUGUAAUGUCGUUACCAGUACCCCCUGUAUAUAGUCUCAUUAUUGUUAUCUCAUUGUGUUAUUAUAUUAUUUUUUACUUUACUUUAUUUAGUAAAUCUUUUCUCAACUCUAUUUUCUUAAGGCUGCAUUGUUGGUUAAGGGCUUGUAAGUAAGCAUUUCACUGUAAGUUCUACACCUGUUAUAUUAGGCGCAUGUGACAUAUAAAAUGUGAUUUUAUUUUAUUUGACAUUUUCGAUUUUAAUAGGCUGAUGAAGCUCUUGGUAACACUUUAAUGAGAUACUCCUCUAGAGACGGUUUAAACCCUAACCUAAUUCUAGCUCCAACCCUAACCCUAAUGCUAACUAGGUUAGGUCAAAGGCUGGCAUCAAUCUCUCUUUUUAUCUCUUUCCCAUUCAUCAGGAAGACAUCAGCAUUGUGUUUAUCCCUCUCCCAUGGGGACACAGCUCAGAGGAUUUCUCCUACAACUUCACCCUAUUUCAGGAGGAUUGUCUUCACCAGCCCUCCCUGCUCCUCUCCAGGUCUGUGGUCGACCUGCCUGUUAUCUAUUUGUCCUAG